AAUAAUUAAACGUAAUUUGUGGAAAAUAACAAAAAAGAAAAAUUUGUAUUUAUUAUUUGUGAAAUUAUGUUGAAACCAAAAGCUCUGACACAAGUACUUAGUCAAGCCAAUACAGGCGGCGUAGAAAAUACGUUAUUAUUAAAUAGAGAUGGUGGUUUAUUAGCUUAUAGUGGUUAUGGAGAUAAAGAUGCAAGAGUAACGGCAGCUAUUACUAGUAACAUUUGGUCAGCUUAUGAAAAAAAUGGACGGAAUGCAUUUAAGGAAGAUGAAUUGCAGUUUGUAUUGAUGGAUUGUGUGGAGGGCAAGGUUGUAAUUACUGAAGUAGCAAAUUUAUUGUUAUGUUUGUAUGCAAAAGAAAAUGUGGGUUUUGGUUUAUUAAGAGAAAAAGCACAAGCACUAGCAAGAUAUCUUGACCAACCACUAAAGACAAUAGCCAAUAUGCCUUGA